AAUACUCCUAAUCUUAAACAUUUUUUCAUAUCUCUUCUCCAAUUCUUCCUAAAUUCUAUUCUUAACUCUCUACUCUCUAAUUCUCUUAUUCUCCAAUAUAUUAUAUUUAUUAUUUAUAUAUCUACUUUAUAGUUAAUACUUAAGAAGUUAAGAUGGAAAAUCAAGAUGCCAUUAUACGGUAUAAUUUUGAUAAGCAGAAGGACCCGAAGACCGGGAUGUGGUACGCAAUUUGCAAAUGGUGCGAGAAAAAAUGUAGCAUGAGAGUUUCUGGCGGAUUCGGAAUGGCCAUCAAGCAUAUGGAGUCAUGUGACAAAGCCAAAGGAACGGGAGAUAAAAUUUAUUCUCAAUCAUCGGAGACGAUAAAGGAUACUUUGAGAAGCCAUUCAGUGUGUGGACAUGGACAAAUCCUAGACGAGAUAAAAUGGGAAUAUGGGACAAGUCAUUGGUCUCUAAGGGGAAUUCCUCCAUUACGUGCAAGGCGAAAUUCGGUGUGACCAGCAAAGCUGGGGAAGAUGAGGGGGCGAAGUUACAAAGAGAAGUUCUAAUGACAUGGAGGACUCGGGGCCCCAUCAAGAUCAAAGUUUCCAAAUGAUGAAGUUUGUUUUACACGUUUAGUUACAUUUUUUCGUCAUUGUUUUCAUUUGAUUCCUUUACUUAAAGACUGAUUUUUUGUUUUGUUAAGUGACAAGAAUCUCACUUAAUUCAGCUAGAACUAUGAGGAUUUGUAUAGUCACAAUAAGUUUCAUUGAACACCGUUGCUAUUAUCUACUUAUUUGCAGGAACGGG